UGUCUGCAUUAAGCUGACGUGCGGUAAACAUGUUUCGAUCAAAUUUAAAAGAAAUUCAGAUGUAUUUUUAGGCAUGAAAAUUAAUUCGAAAGAAAACUAGUUUCGGUUCGUUGAAUUUGUCUAAAUAUGUAGAUUGUCGUUUGCGUUCGUGUUGAAGUAUUAACAGCAUGUCAACCUCUGUCGACGUAAUAACUAUAUCAGUAACAAAACGAUAGAACCAACGAAUAGUUGAAUUUCUACAGAGCUAAUAUGAACGAACCCAACAUUUGUGUAUGGUGUUUCAGUUGACAAAAUGCAAUAAUUUAUAGGAAAAUUUUUGAUGGUGCUGCGCUAUGGAAGAUGACGACGAUUUUUUCGACACCUUGUCAGUCAAUUCCGAGUCUGAGAAACGGCGGUUCAACAACAGGGACUACUUCAGCUUGUCCCGAAAUACAAUCUACAAGUCCGCAAUGGAUCUGGAAGACGGGAACGAUCUGGAGCUGUCAUACCUCGAUCAAAAUAAGGUGUCUUGUAAAGUUAGGGAUGUUAAGACGUAUGAGCAGUGGAGAAAUAGGAGGUGGAGAAAUUUUUCAUCUAGUGACUUGAGCGUGGAUUUUGUACUUGCAUAUGAUGAACAAGGACAACCUGACGAUGUCGAAAAACGAAAAACAUUUGAAAAAAGCUUGGAAACCACCGGACUGAUUUUGGAACACGAAGAGAACCAGAGAAUACACUUUGUUAAAAUUCAUGUUCCAAAAGAAGUAUUAAGUCGAUACGCAGAGAUUCUCAAAUUAAGAUUACCAAUAAAAGAUGAUGAAUCUGACUUACCAAAGGAUAACCUUAUAGUAGAAACUGCCAAUAGAAUGAUGAAAUAUUUUAAUGUCAGCCUGGACCCUAGAAAAUUUCCCAUCAAAAAAUACCAACUCACAGCAGAAUUUAGUAGGGAUAAAAGUUAUUUAUUCAAUGUAGAAGAUCCAGAUUUCUUCAAUGCCUCUGUAAGAAUUACUGUAGCUUCCUACAUAUUGGAAAGGGAAACAUUUGGUACAGAGGACCAAGAUAAGGGAAUCAAACGACUUAUUGCCGAAAAUGUUUACAAGGCUGCUUAUCCCUUACAUGAUGGUGAUAUCCAUGACAAAUCCUCGAAGAGAAAACUCCUUUUGGACGAAUGGGCUUCAGUUUCGAAAUGUAUAAAAUUCCAACCCAUAGACGAAAUAAAAGACUAUUUUGGCGUCAAACUAGCCUUAUACUUUACCUGGCUAGGCUUCUACACUCACAUGUUGAUUCCAGCAUCGAUUGUUGGGAUUUGUUGCUUGCUAUAUGGCGUUUUCACUCUCAAUUCGGACACUUUGAGUCGCGACAUAUGCUCCAAGAAUAUCACUAUGUGUCCCCAGUGCGAUAAAUACUGUGAUUAUUGGAAUUUGCAAUCGAGCUGUACAUACUCAAAGAUUCAGCAUGUUAUCGAUAAUCCUGCAACAAUUUUUUUUGCUGUAUUUAUGUCAUUUUGGGGAACACUUUAUCUGGAACUAUGGAAAAGAUAUAGUGCCGAAAUAGCCCACAGAUGGGGCUUGACAGGUUUUGAUCUUAUGGCAGAACCUCCAAGACCAGAGUACCUGAUGAGACUGGCAAACGCAAAGAAAAAAAAAUUCAACGUUGUGACCCAGUUGCAAGAACCAGUGGUGCCUUUUUGGAGGGUUAAAUUACCCUCAUUGAUACUUAGCUUUACUAUAGCAAUUUUCUGGACGUUAGUUGCUUUUGGUGUGGUAGUAGGAGUGGUUAUUUAUAGGAUGUCUUACAUCACUUCGGAAUCGUUAUAUAGUGACAAAUCGAGCUACCGGAUUUAUGUAAUUCCUGUAACUGCUGGACUCAUUAAUUUAGUUUGCAUUGUUAUUUUGAAUCUCAUAUAUGAUAGAAUGGCGGAAUGGCUCACGGAAAUGGAAUUACAGAGAACUCAAACCGAAUUCGACGACAGCCUAGCGGUCAAAAUUUACAUGUUUCAGUUUGUCAAUUACUACUCUUGCAUAUUUUAUAUAGCCUUCUUGAAGGGGAAGUUUGUUGGAUAUCCGGCAAAGUAUAACAGAGUAUUUGGUUACCGACAAGAAGAGUGUAAUCCGGGCGGGUGCCUUAUGGAAUUGACGAUACAAUUAGCCAUUAUCAUGAUUGGCAAUCAAGCUGUCAAUACUGUUACCGAAAUGGUCAUACCAUUGCUAAUGAAAAUGUACAACACUUUUGUAGUGACUAUGGGUAUAGAUAAGGUAGAGAAGGAAGAAGUCGCUCUGAUCAGUUGUAAUCAAUGGACAGAAGAUUACAAGUUGGGUGAUUUGGAGAGCAGAACAUUGUUUGCUGAAUAUUUGGAAAUGGUGUUGCAGUAUGGUUUUGUCACAAUUUUCGUCGCAGCUUUUCCCCUUGCUCCCGUUUUCGCUUUGAUAAACAACGUCUUGGAAAUGCGUUUAGACGCCAAAAAGUUCAUCAAGUACUAUAGAAGGCCCGUUCCUCAGCGCGUCAAGAAUAUCGGGGUGUGGUACUCUAUCUUGGCAGUCAUCGGAAGAUUGUCUGUCGUCUCCAACGCGUUCAUCAUCGCUUUUUCUUCCCAUUUCAUUCCCCGGUUAGUGUAUAAGCUGAAAGAAUCGGCAGGGGAGACAGACGAGGGUUUUCUAGAGCACAGUUUAGCCUGGUUUAACACUUCGGAUUUUCCGCUGGAGUCUGCGCCAUUCUCGCCCUCGAUAAAUGCUUCAGUUUGCAG